UCUUUAGUCGCUAGAGGUCACUAUUAGAGGUGGAUGUUUGUUAUCAGUAAGGUAAUGUUUGGUUGGUGAAGACGUUAUCUUUUAAUAAAAAAUAAAGAAAAACAAAUGUUCCGUCACAGUAAAUCGAGCUGGAAUAAUGAACUCUUGAUUGGAAUGUAAUUGACGAAAGAACGUAAAUAUGUGGGUAAAACCUCAAGAAGUCAUUUUAGCCAAUGCUCUUUGGGUUACAGAAAGAGCAAAUCCGUUCUUCGUUCUCCAGCGACGUAAAGGACAUGGCACGAAAGGGUUGUCUUCCUUACUGGUCGGAACUCUAGAUACCGUAUUUGAUACAAAGCCCCCACCGUACAGAAUCCUCCAUCAGACGAUAUUAUCUGAAGUUAGUUAUGUAGUGGCUUGUGCUCUGACCAGAAAUGAAAUUAUGAAAGAUUGGUUAUGGUUAGAAACUAAUCUGCUCGGAACUCUCGGAAACUUUGAUACUGAAGAGGAGGCCAUGGAGUUUGUAAAAUGCAAGAUAGAGAGUCUGUUGGCUCAGACGGGAGUGGACACAACCGUGUGCACGGAAGAAGAAAACCUGCAAUUCAAAGCUAGCAUUUCAAGGUUUUCAAAAUUAUUUAACAUGCCAAAAGAAGAGAAACUUGUAAAUUAUUAUUCUUGUAGUUACUGGAAAGGCCGGGUGCCUAGACAAGGUUGGAUGUAUCUGAGCGUCAAUCAUUUGUCCUUUUAUUCGUAUUUAUUCGGCAAAGAGACAAAACUGGUCAUUCGAUGGGCAGAUAUACUGCAUCUACAAAGAAGUAAUUCUGUUCUUUUCCCAGAGAGCAUCAGAGUGUCAACUAGAAUGAAAGACUACUACUUUUCCAUGUUUCUUAAAACUAGCGAAACAUUUGCUCUGAUGGAACAGCUAGCAAACAUAGCAAUGAAGCAGUUGAUCUGUGAAGAAAUCUUUUCAACGGAUACUGAACUUGUACAUAAGUUAAGUAAAAACGUGCCAAAGAAACCGUCCUUUUUGAAAAGAGAUUUGGAUGCCAGAGCUCAUAGCGAAGCGUACAGGAUGACAUUUCGUCUGCCAUGCAUCGAGAAACUCGAUGGAAGCACUGAAUGCACACUUUGGACACCUUACAAUAAGCAGCACGUGUGGGGGAAAUUAUAUAUUUCUAGCAAUUAUAUAUGCUUUGAGAGUCGGGUGAAAGGUCUAGUCUCUGUAGUCAUUCCUCUGCGCGAAUUAUGUUUGGUCGAGAAAAUGGAUAACAGCACUAACAGUCCUGUCGUACAGGAUGCAGUGUUGUUGACGACCAGAAGAAAAACAAAUUUCUUAUUUGCGCUGUUGUCGGACAGAGAUUUCGUUGUGGAAAAAAUAUCCGAAUUGUUGGCCAGGAUACCUGUGACAAAAGAGAUUGUUCUUUUGAGAUUUAUAAUGACUAAUGGAAGUGGAGAUAAUUUGUCUAUGAGUUCUACUGACCAAGAGACGUCAGAAAGUAAUUGGAAACUUCAACCAGCUUUGCUGACUUAUUUUUACAAAGAUGAUGCUUCUGAAAUAAAUGCCAAAGAAGCUGUUAAACAACAUCUCUGGAAUAUUCAUUUUGCCGAAUAUGGAAGAGGAAUUUGUACAUACAGAACAAGUAAGACUAGAGAAUUGGUGUUGAAAGGAAUUCCAGACAAACUGCGAGGCGAAAUAUGGCUGCAGUACAGCGGUGCUGUUAACGAAAUGGAAACAAAUCCAGGGUAUUAUAGGUGGCUAGUGGAUCAGUCGUUGGGAAAAUCAACGCUGGCCGCUGAAGAGAUUGAAAGGGAUGUUCACCGAUCUCUUCCCGAGCAUCCAGCCUUCCAGUCUUCAGUCGGAAUUGAUGCUCUGAGGCGCGUUCUGACCGCUUAUGCCUGGAGAAAUCCUAACAUUGGUUACUGUCAAGCGAUGAAUAUUGUUACGUCCGUUUUAUUGCUUUACGCAUCCGAAGAGGAAUCGUUUUGGUUAUUAGUUGCCCUCUGUGAAAGACUGUUACCUGAUUACUACAACACAAAAGUUGUUGGUGCACUUAUCGAUCAAGGUGUUCUUGAAGACCUAACAAAGGAUCAUUUACCGGAAUUGUACACUAAAUUAGAACCUCUUGGCGUAUUAUCUAUGAUAUCCCUGUCUUGGCUUCUGACUAUAUUUUUAAGUGUUAUUCCAUUCGACGCGGCAGUGAAUAUUGUUGAUUGUUUUUUCUAUGAUGGAGCAAAGGUAGUCUUUCAAGUCUCACUCUCCGUUCUCGAAGCGAAUCAAGAAGCAUUAAUGAAUUGCAAAGACGAUGGAGAAGCAAUGACCGCUCUCUGCCAAUAUUUAGGAAACAUUACGAAUGCCAAUGCCACACUUCCUCAUAUGGUGCAUAGGAAUACUUACUUACCUGCUAAUAUAAAGAGUUCAGUUAAAAAGGUCGAUAUUUCCGAACUUAUAUAUGAAUCGUAUGCAAAGUAUGGAUUCAUAUCAUCAGGAAUGAUAGAACGUCUUAGAUUGAAGCAUAGAUUAAGAGUUGUACAGAAUUUGGAAGAAACUGCAAUGAAAAGCACAGUGCGAAGCGUUUUGUCUGAUAAUUUCAUUAGUAAUUCAUUCACUCCCGCAGAAUUACAGGAACUAUUUACAGUAAUGAAGGAAGAACAACUGAGUCAACAGUAUUGGGGUAGAGGCUCGAUUGUCACAUGUCAAGAAAAAUAUGAUCCGACUCUGCCAUUUUACGAAAUGUAUCGCUUAGAUUUCGAACAGUUCAAGCGCUUUUUCACGCUCCUUUCGCCCUGGGGACAUGGUCAAAAAUACGAAUAUUUAGCUCUGAGAAUAUACAAGGUAAUGGACGAGAAUCAGGACAACCUGAUUAAUUUUCGUGAAUUGGUUCAAGCGUUCGCACUGAUGUGUCGAGCCGAUCUGAACGAACGCGUGAAAUUGAUAUACGUGGCUCAUUUAGUACCUGGGAUUCAAGAUUUUGACAUUGUCUCUCCUGGCGGUUCAGAUGACACAGAAGUAGCAACUGAAGCCGAAGAAUACUUCAGUUCUUUGGAUCAAUCAUGGAGCCCUUCUUCUGGAGAUUCUUUAUUUUCAAACAUAUCAGCUGGUCAUAGUUUAAGUAAUAAAACAAAUAAUAGCGACAUCGGUUCGAAAUGUGUGGAUUACAACAUAUCCAGUGGCUCCGUCGAUUGUUCUAUAUCAGAUUCAGGAGCAACCUCUACCACAUACAAAAAUAUUUAUAAUUAUUCUAUGAUCAAAAACAAUGGAGACAACAAGAGCAUUCCGCACAUGAGUCAGGAUCAAUUCAUUCAGUUGUUGAAGACUCUGUAUGAUAUGUUUGAAGGUCAUGCCAAUGAACAAGCUCUGUAUCAUUCAAUUGCUGUAACAGGCACCAUGCUUUUGGAGAUUGGAGAACUCGGUAAGAGCAUGAUGGAAAAGAGUGACAUAUCUUCGGACAGUCUCUUCACGGAGAGCAGACAAGCCACAGCCGUCAACAGUCCCACUAGUCCUGAAGAGAUUCCGAAUGAAGAGACCUUGGAGAGGCAGAGCAUCUCCAGCACGGAGAGUGCCACCGCAAGAUGUGACAAUAUGUGGUCUAUCAGUCUAGAGCAACUUCUGGCUACUGUUCACAUGGAACAACCCCUUAUCGAUUUCUUUAGUGAAAAAAUAGAUUUCAUGCCACAGAUAGAAAAAUAUCGUCACCGCCGGCUAGAAAGGACAACCAGUCUAUCCUCGACGUCUUCGUCUCCACCGUAAAGCUUUGCGUGUACCAUUCUCGUCGACAGUCUUCUCAUUUAUUUUCGUUUUGGCCCCGAGUGCUGUACCCGCGCCCGGAUAAGAUUUCUUGUCGUGUAGUAAUUUUAGCAUUCUAACAUAUUAGUAUCUAAUCGGUGCAUUUUAGAAGAAAUUUACAAAAUUAAUCUGAUUUUUAAAGAAAUUUUUAAAAAAUCCUGUUUAAGUCUCGUUGGAUUUAAAUUUGGCUUAAGUGAAAUCGGAAACCAAACUUCAUUUAUUUAACGGGUUCAAAUGUGGCAUUACUCGACACGGAAACAAUUAUGUACACAAUUCCUGUAUUUAUGAAGGAAAGGGAAGAAGUAAACGAAAGUGAAAUUAUUCAGUUUAUAAAUAACAAAGUGACAUUUAUAAACAAAAUUUUGUAAAUAAAUAUGUGUAAUUAUUAAUUUGUACCAUUCCACAAAAUUUUCAUUUAAAGGACAAAUGACUUUUCAUUUAUAUUUCUUGCCAAGGAGUAUUCCCAGAUGCGGAUACUUCAAUUUUUUCUAAUCCGUAUCAGUCCGAAUGGGAUUCUUUUCCAGCCGCUAACCAUGCAAACAUAAAAUCUCGAAGAUGUUAAAGCUCAUUCCUAUAUCCACGAUUGUACAAAUACGAAAAACAUCAGUCAUUACGGAAUCCAUCGACGUAGAUCUUCUCUAUAUUCGAAGCAGAAAUUACUAUUUUUCUCACAAGUAAUCGUAGCCCCAGUGUAAUUUACCGUUACGUUGAAAUGUAUGCAUUAUCCAACUAAAAUAUUUGUAAAAUUCAUCGAAAUGAAUUUCAGAAAAUCGAUUCACGAAUGGGAAAUCAGUUUUUACUAUUUCGAGUCACAUUUUCGAGUUUUGGAAGAUUGUAGAUGCUCGAGGACACUUAUUCUUCUCCGAAUCUAGAAGGAUUUGUAGGAUUCUUUUCUGGCAUCCGUUCUGAGUUGUUUCGGAAUUAAAAUUCGGCAUAAAAUAAAGGUUCUUGAUCAUUUUCCGCACCGAAUCUCCGACUCCCAAACUCAUUUUGCCCCUCACUUCAGUACUUAGCAGGGCAGAUCUGCUUCUAUAUAUAUAUACAGUAUAUAAAAGUUUUGUUGUGAUAUUCAGAAAUUGCAUACCCCAUAAAAUAAGAGAACAGUUAAUUUUGAUAUUUUUCAUAAUUUUAUGUGAUGUUUAUACAUAAAAUAUGUAUUGUUUUGUAUUAUAAUUGAUGUGAAAAAUAUGUUAACGAGUUGUGUAAUAUAUCAAUUUUUUUUGUAUGCACUUAUAAUGUUUAUUAUAUGCAAUAAUAUAAAAAUCGUUUCUAGCCAAAUUUCCCGUUGUGUUAAUGAUUAAAAAAAGAAGUAAAUUUUAUGAAAUAAAUUGAGAAUAAUCUA